GGAACACCUAGCCUCUCUCUUCACGAAACUGAAUAAAAGGAUUGAAUAAAUCCGCUUCCCAGAAGUAACUUGGGACCCAUCCACUCAGGCUCUUCUUUCCACUUUUACAAAACUCACGAUGCGUCGCUCGCUUGUUUCUCUGUGCUGUGUACUUGGCUUAGCUGAUAUAGCUACCUCACAAUCUGCCACCUCGCAGCAAUCUACUGCCAAUGCAGAGGCUGCUUUCAAACAGUUGCAAACAUGGUACAACACCACUUCUGGACUCUGGACCACAACAGGAUGGUGGAAUUCGGCCAAUUGCUUAACUGUUAUUGGUGAUCUCGCCGCCGUCGAUUCAAAUGUCAGGUCAGCCGUCACCAGUGUUAUGUCAAACACCUUUAUUCAAGCCCAAAAGACCAACCUACAAAUGAUGAAAGUCGUGUUAACCGACUAUAACUAUCUAUCAAUGUAUGGAGAUUCUACUAGCGCCAUGAAAAGUCUUGCUCUGGCAAGUGAAUUCCAAGUACACGUAGCAACAACUGUGAAUCCUACGGGUUUCUUGAACGAUUAUUACGACGAUGAGGGUUGGUGGGCAUUAGGUUGGAUUCAAGCGUACGAUCUUACAGGAAACGGCGACUAUUUGACCAUGGCCGCGGAUAUUUUUGCCGACAUGAAAAAUGGCGCCACCACACCUUGCUCAAAUGGCGCUGCCGGAAUUUGGUGGGACAAACCAAAUACAUAUGUGAACGCCAUUGCGAACGAACUAUACUUGAGCGUGGCUGCUCAUCUUGCGAAUCGUGCAAGGGGAUCCGAUAGGUCUAAUUAUUUGGCCGUUGCGAAAAAUCAAUGGACUUGGUUUCAAGGGACUGGAAUGAUCAAUGCACAAGGAACCAUCAACGAUGGAUUGACAAGUGCGUGCCAGAACAAUGGAGGAACCGUCUGGAGUUACAAUCAAGGCGUUGUUCUCGGAGGACUCGUCGAACUUUCUAAGGCAACAGGUGACUCGAGUUAUCUUAGCACCGCGAAAAGCAUCGCCACAGCGGCAAUCAAUGCACUUUCCGACUCAAACGGAAUCCUCCAUGACGCAUGCGAACCGAACUGUGGAGCAGAUGGUGCGCAAUUUAAAGGAAUCUUCAUGAGAAAUCUCCAGAAACUUCAUCAAGCAUCGCCCGAUUCAAGUUACCUAACAUACAUUGCAAAUAAUGCAAACAGUAUAUGGGCAAAUGACAGAGAUACAAAGAAUAAUAUCUUGGGUGUUAAUUGGGCAGGACCAUUUAUCGCGCCAGGAGAUGCAAGUACCCAAAGCUCAGCGCUGGAUGCUCUUGUAGCAGCGGUUGCGGUGGGUGGCGGUGGGAUUGCGAAGGCAAGGAGAUGGGUUGCUUGACGUGUAUGAGAGGUUUAUGGAGAAUUGAGAAGUCAAAAUUUUGAAAGAUAAUAAGAAGCAAUGGAGUUUGGGCGUAAACGCUGAUAGGCGUUGGGUAUGACUAUUACGGAACUUGUAUUAAUAUUUCAGGAGUUCCACAGGAUGGAUAUCAGAUUUUAUUACGGAUAUUGGAUAGGCUACCGGUGGCACUUCCAUAUUGAUACCUUUUUACUUUGAAUUAAAUAUCGAAUUGAACCUAUGAAAAAUCCCCUAAGUUUCCACA